UAAGCCUUUAGGCCUAGGCCUAGCCUCUUGUUUUUUGUUUGCCCGUAACUCGUUCAAAUUCGCGAUAUGCGGUAAAGCGAAACUUGUUCACGGCCGGGAAGCGUUUUGCUGUGUGCUGUGCACCGUACAACAUUGCUUCCAUACCAUCGGAAGAUCGGGUUAAAGCAAGAUUCCAUAUAAUCGGUAAUGGCAGAUGAGAACAAGCAUAAUAACUAUUGGUUAUUAACAUGGGAAGAAAAUUGUUCAGAUGAUUCAUCAAAUGACUCAAAUCGUAAAAAUGGAAAUAAGCAAGAAGAAUCAUCAGAUAGUUCAGAAGGAAGUUCAGAUAGCUCAGAGUUAGAGGAAGGUUCAACAUUUACUGAAAGCUCAGAAGAGGAAGAUGAUUCUAGUGAUUCAGAAUCAGGAGAUGAUAAUCCACAGUUUCCUCCAGGAAUUGUUCAAGGAGAUAUUCAAGGAAGGCAACCCUUUGAGGAAAUUAUUGGAGAAGAAAUUGUUGGAGACACUGGUCAUGAAGAGAAUGUAGUCAAUGAUAGUGAACUUCUUAUUGCUAUAGCUGGUGACAGUCAGCCUGUCUCUGAUAGGAAACAAAAUGCUAACUGUGUUGUCCAAUACAUGGAAGGGACAGCAUUUGAAGCAGAGGCUGGCAGAUUUGGUGAUGUUAUUGAUGUUAAUGAUGUUGCUGGGGAGGAAGUUGUUGUUAGAAAAAAGCCAGCAAAAAAGAAGAAGAAAGCCCAGAGCAAAAGCAAAGAUGCAGGAAAACCAUCUAAAGGAAAAAGUUCAGCAAGUAGCAGCAAGACUAGUGGUAAAAAGAGCCACGAGUGCCCAAUUUGUGAUAAGAUUUUUUCAUCUCGUGAAGCUAUAAGGACUCAUAUGAAACUUCACAGUGAUCCAGAUUUAUUUAGAUGCAAAAUCUGUGACAAAGAUUUUAAAUUCAAACAAAGUUUGCAACGUCAUAUGUCACAUCACACUGGUGAGUUUCCAUUCUACUGCAGGAUAUGUGGUAAAGGUUUUGUAAAGGGUGCACGUUGUAGGGAUCAUGAACGUGUUCAUCUGAAAGAGCUAGACAAAGGAGGACAAGAAAAAUCUUCUGGAAAGACCUCAAAUAAUGUUAAAAAUGAGCGCAAAACUAUGAAAGAAACAAAAGGUUUACAUUUGGAUGAUGAUGAUGAUGAAAUUGAAGAUGUUGAUGAAGACUUUCUUACACAUCCUGAUGAGAAUCCAUGGGCGCAGAGUGACAGUGAAGGAAGUCCACCAAAGAAGCCUGAAGAUUUGCAGAUAGGUGCUUAUGAAGAAAUUGAAAGUGUAGAUUUGAAAGGUGGGAAGAGCUCUGCAGACAGAAAAAGGAAAAGAAAAAGUAAAUCACCACUUAAGUUAAAAAUAAAGAUAGGCCAGUAGUGCUGACUCUCAGGUGUAAUCCCUUGUUCAGUAGCUAUUUUGAAAUGUUUACAAGCUUGCCAAUGCAUGUAUAAAAUAAAGCACAAGAUGUCAGUCUGUAAAUAUGUCAAUACUGAUCUCCGAGGAUUGCUGGACAAAGAUUUGGAAUUUAUUUCAUUUAAAAUCUGCUUGUAUGUGACUAAAGAUGAAUACAAUAUUGUUAUGCAUGAAGGAGUCAACAAGAAGAAUAUUCUGAACAGUUGGAUGAUCUAGGAACAGUUCAAAUGGACCAAUUUAAUCAAAGUAAAGAUGCUUUGUGAACAUUUUCAGAUUAAAAAAUAACUUGUUUAUAAAUGACAUGGCAUCAGUUCUAAUAGUAUGUUUGUAAACACUGAUUAGAGGUAGAAGCAAAAUAGAUUCUUUUGUCUCUUCUAUGAAUAAUCAUUUUAGUCAUUGUAAGAUUUCUUUGUGACAACUGGAACACCAAAAUGCUUAAACUGGAAUAGCGACAGGGACAAAAAAUAAGUACUUUUCAUGUUUACGUAACAUAGAUCAGGCCUUUGAUCAUGAGUUUGGAGUUUUUGUUAACAUUGUUCCUAAUAUAUUAUUGUCAUGUUACGUAUCUAAGGUUUUGAAAAAAGUUAAUUUUAUCAUUCAUAAAUUGUUAUGGGAACAUAAUGUUAUGUAUACUAGUGAAAAAUUAACUUUUUAUUAGACUGUCAACUACUGAUGAGCAUUUCACAGAAAUAGGUAGACUCAUUGUCUGGUACAUAUUGAAGCUAAA